CGCAAUAAACGCGUUAAUAUGUAAGUUUUUGAACUAACGUCUACAUUUAUGUAACUCAAGAAAAUUUUUUUCCUUAUUCGUUUAUCUAUCACCUCAGCCUGUUAUACGAUAGCGGGAAAUCCGCGGUUUAUACGUAAAUCGAAGAAAUUCCUGGAACGCAUGCUAUUACUAGACACAACGCAGACGUCUCUAUAACAUUGCGAUAAACAUUACAUAACGCUGCCGCAACGCGAAUAACCGUUAUAUUUCGGGUGAUUCUUAUAAAAAUAUCCAUAAUAUUUGAAAAAUUAAGAGAAUUUUGAAACAAGAUACUUCAGAUUUAAGAAUGCAACUUCUGCAGUUUCGUCUGACCACUGCUACUUGGAUUCCUGCAUGUCAAAGCAGGUGGCCAAACAAAUCGGGGAGAAAGAAGAAAGGAGAAAACAUUCGGAGAACGAAAGAAGCAGAGCAAGAGGAAGAGGAGUCACGCGAUGCAACAUAGUGUUCUCGCUGCUCCUAGUAAUUAUAGUUAUCUCGGAGAGCUUCUCGGAACAGUUACACCGAUCCCUCCACAAACCUUCUCCUUUUACCGGGAAUCCACAGGGAGAUGCCUGUAGCGAAGAGAAAUCGAAGAGCAAGUGAGAACAAGAGAAAAGAAUUGGAGAAGGGAGGACUUCGAGUAAGGGGAGAGCCUGGAUAAGUUACGUAUAUACACCGAAUGAGAAUUCAGAUCGCAGAACCUGUCGGCAAUCGCAGCAGAUCUCUUCGAUGCGGAUUUGAAGAUUGAGGAAGGAAUCGAUAAAAGCUAACUCAUAGAAAGAUCCUCGUAAAAAGUCCUUAUAAAAAAAGCGAAGAAACAUCUCUGAAAAUAAGACAUGAAAUUCAUUGAAAAAAUUUAAGUUAAUUGAAAAAAAUAGAAGUGAGAAAAUUGUUUACCUGAAGUUGAUGUAUUUAAAAAUGCUUUGCUCUGCCUGAAACAAAUUUAAUUUGAAAAGGGAAUAAAAUCUCUUCUUUAAUUUAAUUGCCUUUUAUAUUUUAUUUCGUAGUGUAUUCUUACUUUGUCGCACUCUUCGAUCCGUGGCUAAAAAAAAACUGGUAGAAAUAAGGCAUUUUUAGCAUCCAAAGUGAUUUAAGACACUGAAGUGAUUUAAAGACUUGUGAACAUUUGUUUCGUACAUCUUGAAGAUGAAGAAACUUUUAUUGCUGAUAAUCUGCAUUCAAUUCGCUUUAAUCGUCAUUGGCAGACAUCACAGGGACAGUGGAUUUUUGAAUCACGUGCAGCUGGUGCAUCAGUUUCGAUGUUCCUUGCCGCAACCAAGGGCUGUUCCGGUGAAAGAUCUUCUGACUGUAGGCCUCGGACCUGACGAAGUCUUCUAUCCUGCAUCCACAGUUUUGUCACGCUGCGCAGGAUCAGGAUGUUGUCCUAAUUCGACGCAGAUCUGUGCUCCAACCGAAACCAGGAACGUUAGUCUCGUCUUCAUGGUGAUGCACCGCAUUGAUCGGCAACGAGAUCGUCAUCACGAAAUCAUUCACGCUUUGGAGCACACCAAGUGUGCCUGCAUGGACGAAACUUUAGCUACGAAGGAUUCCAGGUUUUAAACAAAAA